AGCUCCGUGUUGACCCGAUAAUGAACCAUCUUCCGGGGUCGGUGGGCCGGGGUCACCGGGCUCCACCAUGGCAUGGAGGAGCUGCGCGGUUCUGCUCAGACUGACCGGAGAAGAUGUUUUACGGAGCUCCGCGAGGGGAGGCAGGUGGCCUCACACCUUCCAGCAGAAAUGUGGCUUCAGGAAAAUUGCCAAGAAACCAGAAUCUAAGAAGGUGGAGGAGGAGCCGGGCCACACAGAGUCCUCUGAGGCUGCGCUCCACCGCCGGCCCCCCACCCCCCACGUGGAGCAGCGGGCUCCACCCGGCGCCCCCCGGGACUUCGGCCGUCUCCUCCGGCCGCUCGUCUUCACCGUGGGGUUUACAGGCUGCGCCUUUGGCUCGGCGGCCAUCUGGCAGUACGAGUCCCUCAAGUCUCGUGUCCAGAGCUACUUCGACGAGAUCAGAGCUGAUUGGCUGGAGAAGCUGCGGCCUCAGAAACGAGGAGACUUCCGCAAAGAGCUGAACCAGUGGUGGAACGGCCUGAGUGAGGGUCAGAAGACGGUCACAGGGAUCAUUGCUGCGAACGCCGUCGUGUUCUGCUGCUGGAGAGUCCCGUCACUGCAGCGAUCCAUGAUCAAAUACUUCACCUCUAACCCGGCCUCCAAGACGCUGUGCUCUCCGAUGCUCCUCUCCACCUUCAGCCACUUCUCUUUCUUCCACCUGGCGGCCAACAUGUACGUCCUCUGGAGCUUCUCCUCCAGCGCCGUCUCCAUGUUGGGCCGGGAGCAGUUCGUGGCCGUCUACCUGUCUGCAGGUGUUGUUUCGACGUUCUUCAGUUAUGCGUGUAAAACGGUGACCGGGAGGUUCGGACCGUCUCUGGGAGCCUCAGGAGCCAUCAUGACCGUCCUCGCUGCCGUCUGCACCAAAAUGCCUGAAGCGAGACUCGCCAUCAUCUUCCUCCCCAUGUUCACGUUCACCGCCGCCAACGCGCUGAAGGCCAUCGUCGCCAUGGAUACGGCCGGCGUGGUGCUGGGAUGGAGGUUCUUCGACCACGCGGCUCAUUUAGGCGGCGCGUUGUUCGGGAUCUGGUACAUCAUGUUCGGUCACGAGUUGAUCUGGAAGAACCGAGAACCUUUCGUCAAACUCUGGCACGACCUGAGAACCGGAGGGGGGGGGGGAGGUCCGGGCGGGGGGGGGGACACAGGCGGCGCCGUGUAG